AAAAACCUGCGUGAUGUGUUUAUCCACACAUGAACCUGUAGAGGGAGCAGCAGCAGCAGUCUGCGUCGUUGCAAAAAUGGCGGCUGGAAGUGCAGGCGCUAGCGGCCGCAAUAGCGGCUCAUCGCCGGCUUUGGAGUCCACUUUAGACCGUCGUUUCCAGACUGUUAACAACACCAUGGAAUCUAUCCAAGGACUAUCCGUCUGGUGCAUCGAGAACAAGAAAUAUCACAGCGCGAUCGUACGGUUCUGGCUAAAGUGGAUGCGCAAAUCGGAUGAAUCCCACAGGCUCAAUCUCUUCUAUCUGGCUAAUGAUGUCAUUCAGAACUGUAAAAGGAAAAAUGCCAUUGUGUACCGCACCACCUUUACUGAUGUUCUGCCGGAAUCCAUCAAACUCAUCAGUGCUCUAAAGGACAGUAAGGUGACGAAAUCUGUGGAACGGAUCCUGACCAUUUGGGAAGACCGAAGUGUGUAUUCGGGAGAGUUCAUUCGUCAGCUGAAAAACGGCCUAGUUUGGGCAGAAGAACCAGCAAAAGGUCAGAAUUGCAGUAAGGAGUUGCACAGUAGUAGUAAUAAACGGAACGUGGGAGAAUUUAAAGUUUCAGCUCCUGUCAAUUCCAAAGCUGCCCUGAAAUCCAAGAUUGUGGCUGAGUUUGUGCCAUCAGCGUUUAUUGAGAAUCUUUCCAAGUACAGGAAGUCAAUGGAUGAGAUUGAUCUGAAGGAGAAACAGCUGGCUGCCAUGAGAGUGGAUGUGUGCAGUACAGAAGCCCUAAAGAAACUAAAAGACAAGGCUGGAGGUAAAAGGUUCUCCAAAGAUUUUGAAGACGGGAGCACAAAACUUCAGGACUUUGUUUCCUUCCUGGACGGCGAGGUCAAAAAAAGCUCACCCCUUAUGGAAGCUCUGGAGAAUGCCGAUAUAUUCUACGAGAUGCAAUAUAAAGAGGUCAAGAUUGUUGCUAAGGCCUAUGAGACGUUUGCAAACCGAGUGUCGCACCUUAAGCGCAAACUCGAUGCACUGAAAGAUAUGCAGCCCGAUCCGAAUGACUCGCCCGUCCCCUCCCCUAUUGAAGAUGCCCCUUCACCCACCGGUUCAGAUUCACCCUUCCGUACCCUGGGUACCACUGGUGAUCCAGACCCAGACCUGGAUGGGCAGGAAAUAGAGGACGACAUGAUUGCUUUGAUUGAUGCUCCCAGCCCCCUCUCAUCUGUUGGGGGUUCCCCAAAACCAAACAUUUCUGUUGGAGAAACGGACAACCGAGAUGUAGAAGAUAUGGAUCUCUCAGAUGUAGAAGAGGCAGAAACACAGGCCAUCAUAGUAGAGGAACGUGCAGCCCCAUCUGUUGUGUCCAAACAGCCACCUGCCCCUAAGAACGUCACAGAAUCCUCACCACCUACUAAAGAGGCCGCGCAAACCAAACAGGUCACAACCCCACCGCCGCCUGUUUCCUCAGCAACACCGUCACUUCCUUUGAACUUCACUGGCGUUGAUCUAGGCAAGAUCAGCUCCAUCCUCAGCACACUCACAAAUGUUAUGAAGAAUUCAGCUGUGGGAGUCAGUCCUGUUUCUCGGUCUUCUCCAAGUGUGGCGUCCACGCCAAGCUCAACUCUAAAAACUCCCGUAGCAGCCGCCCCACCAGCCAACCCUCUGGCCAACAUCCUUUCCAGGGUCGACAUCAACCCUAACGCCCUGCUCAGUGUCCUGUCCAAAACACAACCCCAUGGUGGUCUUCAGGGUCUGACCUCUUUACUAAGCAACCAGACUGCAAAGACUCCCACACCUUCAACGUCAGAUUCGGAUAAGUCACCCCUUACCCCUCUUGCAUCACACGCCCAUGAAUCUCCUAAAGUCACACAAACUCCCACUAUGCAAUUGGCUACAGAUCCUGCCUCUCAGGCAUGCUUGACUCCCAAAUCUUUACAGUCCGAUACGGUGAGUGAGAAAGUAAAUCCUAGCUCUUCUCUCAACUCUACCCUGGACUCCAAAAUCACCAACUUUCUCCAAGGAAACCCAGCACUGAAAGGCUUUAAUUUGGGCUUUCCAUCUGUUCUGGCAUUGCCUAAGGGGACUGUUGACAGCCCGUUAGCAAGUUCAGACAAUCUUGUUGGGACCCCAGUAAGGGAUGAGGCUGGCUCUACGCCUACCCAGGAUGAAAUUAUGGACGAUCCGAGACCAGAGCAGUUGAUGUAUCAGCAGGGCCCAUCUUUGUCUGCAGAUGCUAAAUCAACACUUCCCCUUACGUCCUGGCAAGACCCGAAUUCUCAAACCCAUCCAAGACUACAAAGUGGUGCAGAGAUUCAUCAGAAUGUCAGGCAACCAAAAAAUGACUCUGUGCCCUCUCUUGCGGAGGCAGAAGCUAAACGUCAUCAACUCAUCAAUAAUAUGCUUUCCACUUCAAAUCCGAGCAACCAACAAUCUUCAAGCAACAAUGGCGAAGCCACAACACGACCUGGUCAAAAACAUCAAGAGCUUAGGCAAAACCCUGUAAACAUGGGACCAAAUUCAGAACUGCCUAUGAGGAACUUGUAUGUUGACUCAUAUCGAGAUAGUCAAGAGCAGCAAGCUUUGGCAAGCUCUGGUGGGUACGGAGCUGAGCCGUACCGCUUUAAAGAACUAAGGCAGGAUUUCAAUGCACCUAGCUUCUUCACCACACCCCUCCCACCGAUUCCAAAGCUCCCACCUCCCCCUCAAGACUUCAUAGCUCCUGUUUCUUCUUCGAGGGCAGGCGGUCCUCAUGUUCCAUUGGAAGAACCUUACAGUCAAGCAGAAGCUGGUGGCGGUGACGGAUCCUACAGUCAAGAAAACUCUGAAUAUGGCGAACACUUGGCUCAAAUGGAACCUUUCCAUCCACAUGGGGAUGGAUCGUCACGCUUUGCUCCUGCACCACACCACCUUCCUAAAAUGCCACAGAAUACUCCAGUUGAUUAUAACCAUCAACAUCCACAGAGAGCUCCUCAGCAGCACCCACCCCAUCGCCGCCUUGGCUCUCCACCUCCAGUAAGGGGCUACCAUGAAGGUUUAAGCCCUCCUCAACCUGUAGCUGACAAUCCGUACUUCGACCCGUACUAUGACCAUCCAACCCGCAGUCCAUCUCCACAACAUUAUGAAGCGUACCCUGUUUCUCCUCGUGUGCAUGAGUAUUACCCCGAAGACUUACCGCCUCACUACCCAGAGCAGAGGGUUCCUCUUCCUCACCUAGAGCACAGGCCUCGACCGCCACACCCUGUCCAUUUACCUCACCCAGGGCACUAUCCACCUCCAAGGCCCCUGCGUCGGCCACCACCAGUCCCGUAUGCCCAUGAGCCACCGUUCCCCAGAGGCAAGCGACCCGGCCCACCUUUCGGAGGACCUCCAAGAGCUGGUGGCCCCUUCUAUCCCCCUAAAAGACCUUACCUGCCGCCACGUUACUGAAGUAUCUCUUAUCGCAAUUCUUAAGCUCAGCUGUUGUCGUUAAGUGCAUGCCGCAAAUGAGCUGAACAUAAAGAAGUCCAAGUGCAAGAAGGAUGCUGUGGAUGUUGAUGUAAGAGGGAUGAUGUUGAGCCCCCUCACUAGAUCACAAUAGAGAAAUGCCAUCUAGCAACUAAACCACCAAAAUAUGUCUUCUGUGACAUGAAGCCAUGUGAACGGGUCAUGGUGAAAGGAACUGUUAUUUCACGGAGUCAUUGGCAAGAUAAAGUCAGGCUGGAGCUGAGAAAAGAGUCAUCCGAGAGGGAACCUGAAGACAAAGGCAAAACAAGAGGUGGUUAUUUUAUUUCAAUUAAUUCAGUCCUUCAAUUGUGUAGAUUUUGUGUCUAAUUCUAUAAAAAGCUGAAUGUAAAUGCUACUACAAAAUGUCCUUUCCUUUUGUGAGAAUGUGUGUGUUCAGAUCUCACACAUGUAUUUGGAGAGAACACAAUUUAUUGGAUCACCAUUGAGUUGAGGUUAAUGUAAUAUUUUUAUAACCUUUGAAAUUAAGUUCUACUGAUAAUGGAGCUAUAUUGUUAUGAGAAGCUGAAAGAUUUGAUUCACCACUUAUUGUUUUGUAGAUAUAAUAAAAUGUACCCCUAGCAGCUAGUUAAGCUUCAUACUCAUCAUUAAUGGCGAACAGCAGUGUAAUAUAAAUAUUUGAGGUAAGACACUUAGGUGUGAAGAGGCCAUUUUUUUGCCUUCAUUGGCAGAAGAUCCAGAAGACGAGAAGGAAGAGAACAUCACGGCCUUUCGGUUCUCUGAGGCUUUAACUGUACUGACUUAAAUAAAGUUGUUUGGAAAAAACACAGUGGGGGAGUACAGUCUCCACCAUGAUGUCA